GUAAAGCACAGAGUGAAAAUCUGGUACAGUGAGAACGAGUGACAGAACAUCAUCUUCUUCAUCAUCUUCAUCACUGGCUGAUCAGCUAUGAGGUUCGCCAGUCUGCAGCAUCGUGUGCGCAGGGAGGCGGAGCCGGAGUCUGAGCCCGCCCCAGGUCCGCCUCCUCCCUCUCACCACUCCCACAAUUUCAUUGACAUGAAGAACAAAUUCUUCAACGAGCUCGGACACCUUCCCAAUCACAAGAUUAAAUUGCCCAUGUGGGCAGUAGGUGCCAUCGUGGUGGUGGUUCUUGCCCUUGUUGCCUGCUUUACUUUCUGUUUGUAUAAAAAGUGUUUAGGAGGAAAGAAAAAAGCUAAGAAAGUGAGAGAGAGAAAAGGUGUGAGACGAGUGAUGAAAAAGGAGAAAGAGGGAGAGGAGGAAAAGGAGGAGGUGAAACAGGAAGAGGAAAAAGAGCAGGAAUUCUUCGGAAAACUGGAAUACACACUGGAUUAUAACUUCACUGAGAAUCAGCUCAUAGUUGGAGUCCUUCAGGCUCAGGACCUUCCUGCGAUGGACAUCGGUGGCACGUCUGACCCCUAUGUUAAAGUCUACAUGCUUCCUGACAAGAAGAAGAAAUUUGAGACCAAAGUUCAGAGGAAGAAUCUCUGUCCUGUUUUUAACGAAACAUUUAUUUUUAAGACGCCCUUUAACGAUUUGGCUGGACAGACUUUAGUGCUGCAGGUGUUUGACUUUGAUCGUUUUGGGAAACAUGACGUGAUUGGAGAGAUUAAAAUUCCCAUGAACAGUGUGGAUCUGGGACAACCGAUCCACGAGUGGAAAGACCUGGUGGGAGGAGAGAAGGAAGAGCAAGAGAAACUGGGUGAUAUCUGUAUUUCUCUGCGGUACGUACCAACGUCUGGAAAACUCACUGUGUGUGUGAUGGAGGCCAAGAACCUGAAGAAGAUGGACGUUGGUGGUUUAUCAGACCCCUUUGUGAAGGUGGUCCUUCAACACAACGGUAAACGUCUGAAGAAGAAGAAGACCACGGUGAAACAGAACACGCUGAACCCCUACUUCAAUGAGAGCUUCAGCUUUGAGAUUCCGUUUGCUCAGAUUCAGAAGGUGCAGGUUUUAAUCACGGUGUAUGAUUACGAUAAACUGGGGAGUAACGACGCCAUCGGAAAGUGCUGGAUCGGAUACGGGGCCAGUGGAGUCGGACUGCGGCAGUGGUCAGACAUGCUCGCCAACCCAAGGCGCCCCAUCGCCCAGUGGCACACACUGCUGCCCGAGGAGGAAGUGGAUGCUGCACUGAAGGCACCAAUCCGCUAAUUUUACACACACUUCAUAACUGUGUCUAGUCAUUAAGUUUGUAAUUUUUUUUGUGGUUGUAAGCUUUCAUUUCCAUGUGCAACUCCCUACCCCUACCCCACAGCCAACACACACACACACAAUUUUUCUAACCCUAACCCUAGGUCACCAGUAGAGGUCAUUAUUCAUUAGUGUUUAAAUAGAAUGAAGAAUCAGAUCAGUGUUUAGAAUGAGGAAGCAGUGGUGUGUAAAGGCCACAUCUCCUGUACUUACUGUGAAAGAUCCUCUGGUGAAAAUGUUACUCUGGUAAAAGUAGAGUCUUCAAUUUGUAAUUUUUUGUGAGAACUUUUCAUUUUAUGUGAGAAGUAUCUGUCUCUUUCCUCUCACAUGCCUGUUAAUACACGGUCUGAUUCACGGUCUGAUCACUGUUAAUAUAAUGAUCAUGAUUCAAUGUCAUUGAACAUUAUUCUAAAUCAAGGAGCACAAGGGGAUCAUGGGGCUGGAAAAUAGCAGGACUUGAGAACUGUCAGGAUUUCCUGCUAAGAUUUAGAUUAUUCUUAAGAUAGUAACACAUUAAAACCUGAUAAAACAUACACAACUCUUGUGUGUGUUUACAGGGCACAUGUGUUUGUGCAUGGACACUACACAAGAAAAAGGACCCUUAUAUAAAGACAGGGUGUGUAGCAUGUAAACUGUUUCCUACAUAAAGUGCUUAAAAAUGAAAAUAUAAACAUCACAGCAGUACUACCACGGGACAGCCUGACGUGGUCACUCAUACAGAAUAACUAAUAUGUGCUGGACACUCCUGUGUCCUGGGAAUCAGUUUUAAACAAAUGACCAGUGAGGAUCUGAGCAGAUUGACUUUAACAGAAACUUGCUGCUCUACAGAUUCAGAAGAAAUAAAGUUGAAAUUCAGUGAAUAUUUCAGUAUUCAGUAUAACUAAUGCUUUGGUGUGUGAUGGACAGUUACAGUGUUUGUGCAGUAAUCUGAUUCUGCUUUACAUAAAAAACUAUGAAAAAGAAAUGUUACUUGGUGA